AUGUCCUCGGAAACUCUGACGACUAUCUCCCCCACCACCAAUGCGCCCGUGGUCACCCGCGCUGGCAUCGCCGAGUCGGAUCUCCUUGCGCUCCCCAAGACCGCCCAGGCUGCCUUUCGCACAUUCUCACAGUCUACUACUCUCGCUCAGCGUCAAGAAAUCGUUGCCAAGGCGCUCGCGCUCCUAGUAAAAAAGAAGGAUGUUCUGGCGCGCGAGCUUACGGAGCAGAUGGGCCGGCCUAUCGCAUAUACUGGGGCUGAAAUCACGACGGCCGUUAAACGAGGGGAAUAUCUAAACCGUGUGGCAGGGGAAGUACUAGGCGAUAAGAUUGAUGCUGACAGCGAGACUGGCUUUCGAAGAUACCUUAAGAGAGAGCCAGUGGGUGUCGUUUUGGUCAUUUUUGCUUGGAAUUACCCCUAUUUAAUUCUUGUCAACAGCCUAAUUCCAGCUUUGCUCGCUGGCAAUGCCGUUAUCCUUAAACCGUCUCCCCAAACACCUACCGUCGUCGAGCAGAUCUCCUCCAUAUUCCUUGAGGCUGGCCUUCCAGAUAGCGUAAUCCAAUUUUUCCAUUCGGGAUCCCUCACCAACAUUGAGACACUUAUCCGCUCCCCAUUGAUCAAUCAUAUUUGCUUUACUGGCUCUGUCGCCGGAGGCUUGGCAGUGCAGAAAGCUGCCGCGGAUAGAAUCGUCAGUGUUGGAUUGGAACUAGGUGGCAAUGACCCGGCAUACAUCCGCGGGGACGUUGAUGUAGCCUGGGCAGCCGAGGAGAUUGUUGAUGGCGCCAUUUUCAACAGCGGACAGAGCUGUUGUUCACUGGAACGUAUCUAUGUCCACGAAAGUGUCCACGAUGCAUUUGUCGAGGAAGUCAAGAAGGCUCUGUCGAAAUAUCGUGUGGGCGAUCCUUUCGACGAGAAGACUCAGAUCGGACCUGUUAUCUCCAAGAGAUCCAAGGAGAGCAUCUUAUCACACAUUCGUGACGCGGUGGAUAAGGGAGCCAAAGAUGAAACUCCUGCAAAUCCGACAUUUGAAAACAUGCCCUCUGAGGGAAAUUUUGUUAAACCAACACUUCUGACUGGAGUAAACCACGACAUGGUCGUGAUGGUGGAAGAAACCUUCGGACCCGUAAUCCCAGUGAUGAAAGUGAAAGAUGACGAAGAAGCUAUUCGUCUGAUGAAUGACAGCGACUUGGGCCUAACUGCCAGUGUCUGGACAAAGGAUGUUGAGACGGCAGAGAAGUUGAUCCAAAGAAUCGAGGCUGGAACGGUCUUUGUAAACCGUGCAGAUUAUCCAAGCCCGGAUCUUGCCUGGACUGGUUGGAAGAACUCUGGCCGCGGCGUCACACUUAGUAAGUUCGGGUUUGACCAAUUUGUCAAAUUGAAGAGCUUCCAUUUGAAAGACUAUCCAAAAUGA